ACAUUCGAAGAACUAUUUAACAAGUACUCACGUGUUAGUUGCAGUAUAGUUCAAAAAAUCAUGGCUAAGUUGUUCAUUUUUGCAAUUAUAGCAAUUGGAGUUUCGCUUCAGUUUGCAGACGUGGAUGCUGAUGGGAAAGCUGAUGCCAAAAAAGCGUUCGAAGAGCUGGUAAAAGUAUUAGAUAAAGCCAUAACCGAUGGUGAAAAAGUCAUCGACAAGGCUGUAGGCCAGUUCAACUCGACAGCUGAUAAACUAGAAGUUAAAGCUAAAAGUGAUCUGAACAAACUCUUAUCGCCUUUGCAGAAAAAGUUGGAUGAGUUGGUAAAGAAAGCUGGAGAAAAGGGGAAGAAAUGCAAAAAAUUCGUAGACGAUUUUUCCAAAAUCCCUGACGGCACUGUUAAAGGUAUAGUGGAUUGUGUCAGAACCCAAGUAAAUGCAGUCCAAACGGCUGCGUCUGAUGCCCUUCAGCAGAUGAGAAAAAUUGUAAAAGAUCUAAAAUCAAUCGGUCCAGAAAUUGAUAAAUGCACUGGAAGCAAGGUUGACGAGGCAAAGUGUUACGCCAAGCUGAUAGCCAAAAUUGUUAAGGAUGCUAAGACUGCGCCUGUAAAAAUUUCAGCCGAUGUAGCCAAAGUCACGUUAUUGAUCUCCAAGCUGCUUCCAACUUUGGAAAGCUGUUUGGCCAAUCAGCUUCGGAAAGCUGGUUCGGAAGGCGCUGCGGAUAUCGCUAAGUUUGGAGUUUGUGCUGCUGUAAAGUAAAUUACCACUUUAUAAGUAAAUGCUAGCUUUCUUCUAUUGAUAUACGAUUGUGAGUUAUUUCAAAGUUGUCUUGUAAUUUGGCAAUGUGUUUUUCGAUUUCUUGGGUUAAUAACAUGAGACGUGUACUUUA